ACAAAAAUCAGCAGGUGAAGAAAAAUAUUUUUUUAUUUUAUCAAAACAAAAUUUUUUUUAAUUGUAAGCGUAGCUUUGUCGUGAUAAGAUGUUUGACGGUGUGACGUAAAAUAAAUAAAUCGGAGUUUUUAAAAAUCUAAUUUGCAACUAAAUACAAAAAAUCGUAUCAAUAGAAUUCUUAAAUUUCCAAAACAAAUUUGAAAUACACAAAAAUCAAUUGAUUGAAAUUUGGAAAAGAUACAACAAAGAAUUUUGUGUACCUACAAGGAAAAUUUAAUUAUAAUAAAAAAAUUAAUAUUUUAACGCGUCCAAAAUAGAUAAUAAAUAAUUUAAUUAUGAAUUUAAUAUAAAAAUAAAGGAAGCAAAAAUGGUUCAAUAAAUUCAAUUAUAUUUUAUGCAAGAUUUAAGAAAAAAGCAAAUAAAAGAAACAAAAUUUAAUUUUGAAGGCAAUCAAGUUUUCGAUAGUUGAAAAAACAACAAAAGAAGAGUUUGAGUUCUCUGGAAUUUAUUAUUGGAUUGGAAUAAGAAAUAAGAAACAAAAAUUAAAGUACAUAUGUACAUGUAAAUAUGUAUGUAUAUUAGAUAAUAAGUGACCUACCUAAAGUGAUUUUAUAGUUUUUUACUCAUUUUUACACAAAACAUAUUAAGUAAACGCAAACUUGUUGAUUAAACCCAAUAUUAAAAGAGAAUUUUAAUCAGAAAUGAUAAAAAAUAUUGCAUUUUAGACUGUGUUUUAUAGUAACACACAAACACAUAUCUAUAUACAUACAUACCUGAUAUUUUAUUGUCUUAAAGUGUUUAAUCUCUGUGCUUCCCACUUUUGUUUUAGUAUUACUAAAAAGUUAUUUUUGUAGUUUUUUUUUUUUUUUGGUCCAAAUUUGAAAUAGAUAGUAACUAAGUAUAUAAUCUUCUACGCUGAUAAUAACAUACAUACAUAUGUAAAAUAUUAACGUAUAUGGCAGUAUAAAUUAAAUCUAAAACCUAGAUUUUAUGGGGACUGGGAUUGUAAAUACAAAAAAAAAAUUAAAGCUUUUUCUAGUGAUUAUUGAUGUGAUAAAUGAAUAAAUACAAGGCUCAAAAUUAUAUUAUAUAUAAAAACCCGUUAUUAAAACAAUAAAAAAGAAAGAGACAAAUAAAUUAAUACAAAAUCAAAAUGCAUCGAAUGUCAUUUUAUUGGGAUACAGAUGUUGGUCUAUUUAUGUUUCCUGGUUUAAAUAUUAAUGGUGUUGGACCACUGAUAUCAUUAUGUGCUGUUCUAGUGAUAUUUGCUUUAAUUUACGAAGCAGUUAAGAUUAUUCAAACUAAAAGUAAAUCUCGUACUGCAAGAGAAAUAUCACAUGAUAAUUCUUGUCCAUCAUCUCAUUUAAUAAAUAAUGAAGAAAAUCAAUCACAAUUACAUACGAGAAGAAGAAAACAAUUAUCUGAAAGAAUUUAUUGGACAUUACUUCAAACAUUAGUUUUUUUAUUUCAAACCGUACUCGGAUAUUUAUUGAUGCUAACUGUAAUGGUAUAUAAUGGUUAUGUAUUCGUAGUUGUUAUAUUAGGUUGUGCACUUGGUUAUUUCUUUUUUGGUCAUAUAGCAAUGAAAAUAAAUAUGGAAAAUAUAAGAGCACGUAAAACUCAUGUUAUAUGCUCACCAAAUGAACCAUCAACUUCAGCAUUUUGUGAAAAUUCAACUAGUUCAUGCCAUUUAAAGAAUAAAAAACCUCAACAUUGUGAAAAAGACGGUUAUACUAAUGAAUUAGCUAUAUCAUCAUCUUCUUCAUCAUUAAGUACAAGUUUGACACAAACAACACAGUUAGAUAAAGAAAUAGAAUCUAAUAUUAAAGAUGAUUGUGAUGAUAAUGAUUCAAAUAUUGUUCAUUCCUGCCGUCUAUAAUAUAAAGCUAAUAAAAUUGUUACAUUUGAUGUUAUAGAACACAUUUAAAUAAUUUAUACAAUUAGAAGUCUUUAUUUUUUUAUUUUUUCUUUUAAAAAAGAGCAGAGCUUUUAAGUGACAAACAUAUGUAUUACGAAAAGAUAGAAAUCAUCAAAAGUUUAUAAAUUUUUAAAUUCUUGUACAUACAUACAUAAAUUUCAAUUAAAAAUA